UGGAAUAGGAGGGGAACGAGCUGCCAGGGUGCAGCAUAAAAGGCAGAGCAGGAGUCAGGCUGCAGCCCAGUUGGUGCAGCCCAAGGCAGGUGCCAACAAGGACAACGGCCACCUUUGCCCUGAGCCAUGGCAGCUGAAACCCCUGUGUCAGAGCCCAUGUGCCUCAUUGAGAACAGCCAGGAGAAGGGGCUGGUGAUCCAUCAGGAAGCCCUGAGGGUGCUGUCAGAGAUCACCCAGCCCGUGGUGGUGGUGGCCAUCGCAGGGCUGUACCGCACCGGCAAGUCCUACCUGAUGAACAGACUGGCUCGUGAGAGGAGAGGUUUCUCCCUGGGCUCCAGCGUGCAGUCCCAGACCAAAGGCAUCUGGAUGUGGUGCCUACUUCACCCCUGCCAGCCUGGACACACGCUGGUGCUGCUGGACACUGAAGGGCUGGGAGAUGUGGAGAAGGGAGACACCCAGAAUGACAUGUGGAUCUUUGUGCUGGCUGUGCUGCUCUCCAGCACCCUGAUCUACAACAGCAAAGGCACCAUUGACCAGCAAGCCAUGGAGCAGCUGCACUAUGUCCUGAAGCUGACUGAGCUUGUCAAGCUGAAAGCAGCACCCCAGAGCAGUGAAGAUGAACUGAAGGACUCAGAUAAAUUCAUCCUCUUCUUCCCAACAUUUGUCUGGGCUGUGAGGGAUUUCACUCUGCAGCUGAGGAGGAACGGGCAGCCCAUCUCUGAGGACCAAUACUUGGAGAACGCCCUGAAGCUGAAGGCUGGUACCAGCCCAGAGAUCCAAAGGUACAACCAGCUCAGGGAAUGCAUCCGGCAGUUCUUCCCAGGUCGCAAGUGCUUUGUGUUUUGCCCCCCAGCCAACUGGAGGGAGAUGGAUCGCUUGCAAGAGCUUCAGGAUGAUGAAAUUGAUGCUGAAUUCCAGAAGCAGGUGGAGAAAUUCUGCUGCCACAUCUGGGAAACGUCUCCAGUGAAGACCGUGCCUGGUGGGCACAUCAUAACCGGGAUCCUGCUGGGGAAGCUGGCAGAGACCUACGUGGAGGCCAUCCGGAGCGGGGCCGUGCCAUGCGUGGAGAGCGCGGUGCUGGCCCUGGCAGAGGCGCAGAACACGGCAGCAGUGACAGAGGCUGUGGCCUUGUACCAGGCUCUGAUGGCACAGAGGGUGAGGAUGCCCACAGAGACGCUUGAGGAGCUGCUGGAGCUGCACAGCCAGUGUGAGAAGGAGAUGCUGGAGCUGUUCAUGGCACGGGCUUUUGAGGAUGACAUCAGCACUUUCCAGCUACAGCUCUUACACCAGGUAGAGGAAAACAAAGGGAAGUUCUUAAAGGACAACGAGCAAGCGUCCCGUGAAAAGUGUGAGGCUGCUCUCAGGCACCUCUCCCAAGGCAUGGAGAGACAGAUCAGAGCUGGUGUCUACAGAGCUCCAGGAGGUUACCAGCUCUUCAGGAAAGAUCAUAAGGAGUUGUUGAAGAGAUACAGGGAACUGCCUGGCAAGGGGGUGAAGGCUGAUGCUGUCCUGCUGGAGUUCCUCCAGGGAAGAAAGAAGCUGGUUGAAAACAUCCUCACCACAGACCUCUCCCUGACACAGGAGGAGAAGAAGAUGAAAAGUGCUCAAGAGCAGAAUGAGAUAGAUGAGCUGAAAAAGAAGGUCCAGAGGAAGGAGGAGGCUGCAAAGAAGCAGAAGCUGCAGAACCUCUCACGCAGUUGGGACGAGUACACUAAAUGUCUGAGGAAGAAGCUGCAUCUUAGCAGUGAGAUCCAGCUGGAGGAGAACCAGAAGAUGAUCAGGCUUAAAACAGAGGAGGAGGAGGCGUUGCGCAGAGAAGGCUUUGAUGAGAAAGCCAAGCACAUGCAGAUGGUGAAAGAGAAACUGGAGGAGGAAGGAAAGAGCAAAAUGAACAAGAUCCUGAAGGGGGCUGAACUGAUAAUAUCAGUACUUGCUACUGCAUUCAGUGUCAUACGGUUCCUUAGGAUAUGAUGAAGACCUUCUUUCUAACCCCUGUAUUCACAGUGUGUCGUGGAGGGACUUGCACUCCAACAGGGCAGGUGAAAAGGAGAUUUACCCCCAUCCAAAUGAUGAAAUAUUCUAACAAAGCCCCCACUGCUCUGAGGAGCUCAAAAAGUGGGGCUCCACUUUACCCUGCUCAAAGCUGAAUCAAACACGGUCACGUUAGUCCCCAUGGGUUAAGGACCCUGAGCUCCCAUGUGAUCAUCGUGUCCAACUUUACACCCAAGUGUGUGUGUGUGUGUGUGUGUGUGUGUGUGUGUGUUUUCCCCAAGAAUGAAGUGCCACAGUGUGCUGUGUCCCCAAGUCCCACCCCUUUCAACUGGGAAAGUCCUUGCUGCAAGAUGCAGAGCAGGGCAGCGACCUCCACGCUCACUUGUCUCGUGCUUCCAUGCCAGAGCUCAAGCCAAAGCAUUUGUGGUGCCAGGUAGUUGGAAAAGACACUAUAACCUUCUGGGCUGCCUUAUUUUAGCUAAACUGGGAGGAUCUUGCUCAAGGAAUUGUGCUCUUUUGCUGUUGUUUAUAAAUGCAUUCAGCCUCAACAGGGGUUCUGACAACACUGAGUAUUGUGCAUGUUCCAUAGUUGUUGUGUGCUGCUGCUCAGAAGCAUUGGGGUGGGUGAAGUACUGAAAUGGGGCAAAAGCUCUAAUCUUGAUGGCUAUUCAAUAAACUUUGGGCCUAUUUAGAAUGCA